CUUAAGACUUUGAACACUGGAGUAUUUAAUAGGCUAAAAGCAGAGUUGCGAGCAGCUGUUUUUUUGGCAUUGGAAGAACAAGAGAAAGUAGAGAACAAAACACCUCUGGUAAAUGAAAGCUUGAGAAGCUUUUUAGGUACAAAAGAUGGUCGCUUGGUAGCAGGUCUUAUUGCAGAAUUUCUACGAUUUUUCAAUCUUGAUUUUACAUUGGCUGUUUUUCAGCCUGAAUCAAGCACACUAAAUGGCCUUGAUGGUCGAGAAAACUUAGCUCAAGAUUUGGGAAUUAUAGAAUCAGAAGGUACUGUGAGUGGUCCCCUGUUGUUGGAGGUUGUUAGAAAAUGUCAGCAGAAAAAGGUUUCAGGCAGUGGAGAAGUGGCUCCAGUUCUAAGUGAUAGCCUGUGCCCCACGUCAAAAUCAUCUGAUGGAAGAUCAAGUACACAGCCUAUACUGAAUAAGGUGGCUGAAACCACUCAAAGUGAUACAAGUGUCUCAUCAGGGGAAGCAAGCAAAAGAAGCAUUCAUUUUCUGCCUAAUGAAUCAAAGCUAGAUCCUCAACUAGAAAACAAAGACUUAAAUACCAAAGAAAAAAGUGAUCCAGGUGCAGAUGAAGAUGAUGUAGAGGGAGAUUCUUUUUUUGAUGAUCCUAUACCCAAACCAGAAAGAACUUACGGCUGGAAAACAGAAGCUAAUAAAGCAGGAGGUCUAGCAUCCCUUUCUGAUGCACCACCUCUAAAAAGUGGGUUAAGCUCCCUGACUGGUGCACCUUCUCUAAAGGAGUCUGAUAAUUUGAACAGAAACUCUGUUUUGAAAGACCUGCGGUUGGUGAAUGCAAAAUUGGGAUCACUAGAAUUAGGAAAUGGAGAUGACGAUGAGUAUGCUGAUGACUUCAACAGUACUAGUCAUCGCUCAGAAAAAAGUGAUAUCAGUAUUGGUGAAGAAAUAGAUGAAAUUUCUGUGGAAACAGAGGAGUCAAAUGCCAGUGAUAAACUUGAAGGCAUCACACAAGACCUUACCAUUUCUCAGUUAAGUGAUGUUGCAGAUUAUCUAGAAGACGUGGCAUAGAAUCGGACAGCAAAAAUGUUUCAUUGUGCUGGACUAGAAGACUGCUGUGGACUGUUAAUUUCAGACAAUCACUUUUUGCUGGAAUGUCCACUCCCUAUUUGUGCCUUGUAUUUCAAAAAGACUGUAGGUGGAGAAGGCUUUUAAAUAUUCUUAACAAGAACUAAAUGAAAUAGUGCGUUCCCAUUUGAGUCUGAUAUCAGAAUUAUUUUCUUCAUUUGGUUCAGCCAAAUCUUUUACAGCAGGAGGUGGAUUUCCAAGCAGAAUGUCCAUUGCUGGCAGUGGGCAUAAUAAAAACCAAUUGAUAAGAGAACAUCUACGGGGAGGUAUGUGGCUUUAUAAUGAACUUGCACUGUUAUUGUAACAGUCCAAUUUUUAUUUUUUUUUUUUUUUUAAAGAUAACCAAAGCAAGAACCUUCAGAGGUAGUGGUUCAACUCGCUCUUCUUUUAACA